CUGGAUUGAGCGCGUUUCGGGAAGUUUUCGUUUGCUUUUCUUGGAAGCCGGGGCCGCGUGUCCUGUCACAGGCGUAACCGUGGAGUAAUAUUCGAAGAUACCGGCAACAUGAGGCGAAGUAAACCGGAGCUUCAGCAAUAUAUAGAGUCCGUGCAUAACAGCGCCGCAUCCCCCCGGGAGAAAUCAUUGAAAGGAUUUCUUAUUGCAAAGCUCUACUAUGAAGCUAAAGACUAUGAACUAGCCAAAAGGAGUGUAUCUUCAUAUAUUAAUGUUCAGGAAAGGGAUCCAAAAGCACACAGAUUCCUUGGACAACUUUUUGAAAAUGAGGGCAAUAUUGAAAGAGCUGUUGGCUGUUACAAGCGGUCUUUGGAGCUUAACCCUACUCAAAAGGAUCUCGUCCUCAAAAUUGCAGAGUUGAUUUGUAGCAUCAGUGUCACAGAUGGCAGGGCAGUAUACUGGGUAGAAAAAGCAUCUAAGCUCUUCCCUGGAAAUCCAGUUGUUUAUAGGCUUAAGGAACAGCUGCUAAAUUCCCAAGGAGAAGUUGGCUGGAACCAGUUGCUUGAUUUGAUACAGUCUGAACUGUUUGCACGUCCUGAUGAUGUCCAUGUGAAUAUCAGACUAGUUGAACUAUUUCGAUCAAAUAAGAGGCUUGAUGAAGCAGUUUCCCACUGCCUUAAACCAGAGAAGAGACCUUUGCGCUCUAAUCUAGAUUGGUGUUCCUGUGUUUUAUCAGUCUUAAAGGAGUAUCUGGCAUCCCAUCAAGGCUCUGAUAAGAGCAAAUGGAGAACAAUCAACAAAGAACUGUUACUUGCUCAUGCUGAUGUGGUUGUUCUGACACUUUCAACACGAGAUGUUCAGGAAAGCAAAGAAGCACUUGAAAGUUUUGACCAGGCCCUGCUUGCAGUUAAACCUUUUGUGAAUGGAGCGGAUGACCUGUCUGGGACAUUUAUUGAAAUGAGAGGGCACUACUACAUGCAUGCUGGAACCCAGCUUCUGAAAAUGGCACAACAUGGGGAAGUUAAAUGGAAGCCAUUGUUAGAACCUGCUCUUCUUUGUUACCUGCUAGCCUUCCAGGUUCCAAAGCCAAAAAGUAAAUCGAUUAAGGGAGAGGAAAAUGGACAGAAUAUUCUGGAAGGUUUAGCUUGUGACCGUCAGAGUCAGUCUGGACAUUUGUUGCUGUUACUAAGCAGUGGCAAAGAUGAAUUUCUAAGUGAAGUUAUUGAAACAUUUGCUAACAGAAGCGGUCAAUCUAUUUUGCUAAAGUUUUUGUUUGGGGACCAUCUGACAAUGGAGAACUCUUUCAUGGGCAGUGAUAAUAUAUCAAACAUUAGCAGCCAGCCACCUGAUGUCAAUGACCUAAAUCGAUUUGACCAUGGUGCUGUACGAAUGCACAGUGGUAGUCUUCAGCAUCUGAUAUGGCUUGGGCUGCAGUGGUGUUUUACAUUAUCUUUGCCUGCUUUCCGCAAAUGGCUUAAGCAUCUUUUCCCUCGGCUGCCUCAGGAAACUUCAAGAAUUGAAUCAAAUACUCCCGAAUCACUUUGCAUUCUUGAUCUUGAGGUUUUCUUGCUGGGAGUCGUCUACACUAGUUAUAUUCAACUGCAAGAUAAUCUUAAUACGUCAAAUGAUAUACACCAACCUCGUUGCCUCCCCCUGCCAAUUUGCAAACAGCUCUUUACAGACAGGCAGAAGUUGUGGUGGGAUGCAGUUUACAGCCUUAUUCACAAAAAAGCAUUGCCGGGUUCUUCAGCAAAACAUCGUCUUGUGAUACAACAUGAUCUUAAUACCUUGAGAGCCUUAGAAAAGCACGGUCUGCAGCCUGCUGUUAUUAUACACUGGGCAAGAAGUCUUCUUACCACUGGAAAUGGUCUGAAUUCCUUUUAUGACCAAAGGGAGUACAUGGGACGCUGUGUUCACUACUGGAAGAAAGCGCUGCCGCUCCUAGACCUUGUGAAGCAGAAAAAGAGCAUCCCCGAACCAGUUGACCCUCUGUUCAAACAUUUUCACAGCAAAGAUAUCAAGGUUUCUGAAGUAGCAGACCUGGAAGACGAAGCUGCUAUUGCUUUUGCAAAACUAAAUUUUGUUGAAGGAAGAACAGAUGAUGCCAUACAGGCAUUUGAAGCUGUUAAGAAUGUUGUUUCAUACUGGAACCUUGCCUUGGUAUACCAGAGGAAAGCAGAGGAGAUUGAAAAUGAUGGGCUGUCUUCUGAAGAACAGGGGGAGUAUUUGAACUGCAUGCAGAAAUGCAAGUCUUAUUUAUUAAAGACUCUCGAGGAAUGCUCACAAGAUCCAUCUGUGGAAGCAAGGCUUCCUGUGCCAUUAGAAGCAGUGAAUGAAAUGUUGGACGCAGUAAGACAAAGUCUUGGUGAUCCUGAAGAACAAAGCCCAGACUUUAGACAUAAUCAUUCCUUUGGGACUGCUUCUGGAAUGAAACACUCUACACCAUCUCCAUCAAAGUUAUCUGCUUCUCCUAGCAAAAUGGCAUCGUUUUCAUCGAAGACACCGCCACGCUGGGCUGAAGAUCAAAAAUCGAUACUUGAGGAUCUCUGUCAUCAAGUUGAAGCCUUAAAGAAAGAAGUCCAGGACCUGAGACUGAAUAGUUCUUUGAGCAAUGUUUCUCAUCGAUGGCCGGCUGAAGGCUAUGGUACUGAGACAGCUACUGAUGGAUACACAGGCCCCCAGAGUUUCUAUGCAGUGCCACUAACAGUCUCCACUACAGGACCUGCAGCCUACUAUGGUCAGUCCUCGGCAUACAAUUCUCAGCAUCUUCUUAGACCAGCUUCCAAUGUUACACCUACUAAGACAUCAAUGUAUGCAAUGAACAGACUGACUCCUCAACAGCACAUGUAUGCAUAUCCACAACAAACACAUACUCCUCCAGCUCCAAGCACAGCUACAUGUGUGUUCCCUCCAGAAGUAUAUGGGCCACCCUUACGUUAUGAAACUUCAGCAACCGGGAUCAUAUCACCUCACAGUGAAGAAUAUUACAACUAUGGGCUUCCUCAAGCAAGCACAAACCCACCCCUACCUGAACCAGGUUAUUUCACUCAACCAUCUCUUGUACUUCAGCCAUCUAAGUCAGAAGGUACAAAAGGUAUGGCAUUUGGGAAAAAUUGCUACGGCCCAACAAUGGUAAAUGAAGGGCCUAAACCAUCCAAUUUCCCUCCGAUGCAGUCAACCCCAGCAUCCACUUUCAAAUUCAACUCUAACUUUAAGUCAAAUGAUGGAGAUUUCACAUUCUCUUCUUCUCAUGGUGGGGCACCAUCAAAUGCCACGUUUCCUGACAGUGAGUGCCUGCUAAAGCUGUUGACAUCUGAUAAACAAGUUCUAGAACAAGGGAAGCAAUCUAGUGAUGAAGUUAAGAGUCUCUUCAGAUUUGGUGAUAGAGGCUUUUCAGCCAAUAUUAAUUCUAGUCCUGGUCAGGAGAAGACUUCAACUAACUUCAGUCAAGGUGAUGGUGGUGUAUUUGGUUUCCAGACUCCUGGAAGGUCGACAUAUGUGCCUCCAGGGUUUGGUACACAAGGAAAGGAUGCUCACAAUCAGAGUGUGGAGUCUGAUGCAGGAAGUGAACAAGCAGCUGAUGAUGAUGGACCACAUUUUGAGCCAGUAGUACCAUUACCAGAAAAGAUUGAAGUGAAAACUGGUGAAGAAGAGGAGGAAGAAAUGUUCUGCAAUAGAGCAAAACUAUUCCGCUUUGAUGUAGAUUCUAAAGAAUGGAAAGAAAGAGGUAUAGGAAAUGUCAAGAUUUUGAGACACAGAGUAUCUGGCAAACUACGCCUUCUCAUGAGACGAGAGCAAGUGUUAAAAAUUUGCGCAAACCACUACAUAAAUUCAGAUAUGAAACUGAUGCCAAAUGCUACAUGUGAUAAGUCCUAUGUAUGGCACGCCUAUGACUAUGCCGAUGAAAUGCCAAAAUAUGAACAGCUUGCUAUCCGCUUUAAAACAAAAGAUGAAGCCUUGCACUUUAAAAAGAAGUUUGAAGACGCACAAAAACUCCUGGAAAAUAUUGAAUCUAAUUUAAGUGUGACUCCAGGAACAGACACCAAAAAUUCUGGAAACACUGGGAGUGCAGGCUCUGUUAAGGACACUAAAUCAAAAACAGCAACAGCACCUUUAGGCAUACUCGCCUCUACUGUUGCAUUAAACAAGGAAGCUAAUGUUCCCCCAGCUUCCAAGUCUCCUGCAACUUCUAUAAGUAAAACACAGCCCACAGGAUCAGACUUCACAUUUAGUCUGAAGAAUAUUUCCUCCAACUCAGUAAGUCAGGCGAUUAAAACGCAAAGUACAAGUAACGGAACUGCACCUCCUGUUGUGUCAGCAUCUGGCUUCAAGUUUGGUUCCAGUGAAGUCAUUAGCAAAGCUCCCAGUAACAGCCUGGAAACCAUGUUUGCUCGAAAAGCUGGUGAAUGGGACUGCAAUGUGUGUCUGGUUAGAAAUAAAGAAUCGGCUGUUACCUGCGCCUCCUGCCAGACUCCAAACCCAAGUUCCAAAUCUAGCACAAACGCUAAUGCAACACAAUCCAAGUUCACAUUUGGCCUGGAAAACAAUUCCUGUAAACCUGUAGGGCAGGCGGUCAAACCACAGAGUACAACUAAUGCAACGGCACCUCCUGUUGUGUCAGCAUCUGGCUUCAAGUUUGGCUCCAGUACAGUCAUUGGCAAACCUCCUAGUAGCAGCCUGGAAACCAUGUUUGCACGCCAAGCUGGUGAAUGGGACUGCAACGUGUGUCUGGUUAGAAAUAAAGAAUCUGCCGUUACCUGCGCCUCCUGCCAGGCUCCAAACCCAAAUCCCAAGUCUGGCACAACAGCUAAUCCUCCACAAUCCAACUUCACAUUUGGCCUGGAAAAUAACUCCUCUAAACUAGCAGGGCAGGCAAUCAAACCACAGGGUACAACUAAUGCAACUGCUCCUGCGGUUGUGACAACAUCUGGCUUCAAGUUUGGCUCCAGUACAGUCAUUGGCAAACCUCCUAGUAGCACCCUGGAAACCAUGUUUGCACGAAAGGCUGGUGAAUGGGACUGCAACGUGUGUCUGGUUAGAAAUAAAGAAUCUGCAGGUACCUGCGCCUCCUGCCAGACUCCAAACCCAAAUUCCAAAUCUGGCACAGCAGUUAAUCCUCCGCAGCCCAACUUCGCAUUAGGCAUGGAAAUGAAUUCCUCUAAACCAGUAGGGCAGGAAAUCAAACCACAGAGUUCAACUAAUGCAACAGCACCUCCUGUUGUGUCAGCAUCUGGCUUCAAGUUUGGCUCCAGUACAGUCAUUGGCAAACCUCCUAGUAGCAGCCUGGAAACCAUGUUUGCACGAAAAGCUGGUGAAUGGGACUGUAAUGUGUGUCUGGUUAGAAAUAAAGAAUCUGCAUGUACCUGCGCCUCCUGCCAGACUCCAAACCCAAAUUCCAAAUCAACUACUGCAACAGCACCUGCUGUUGUGACAUCUGGUACAGCAGGUCCGACUAAUGCGACAGUACCUGCUGUUACAACAUCUGGCUUCAAGUUUGGUUCCAGUACAGUCGUCGGCAAACCACCUAGUAACAGCUUGGAAACCAUGUUUGCACGAAAAGCUGGUGAAUGGGACUGCAACGUGUGUCUGGUUAGAAAUAAAGAAUCUGCAGGUACCUGCGCCUCCUGCCAGACUCCAAACCCAAAGAGUACAACUAAUGCAACGGCACCUGCUGUUGGGACAUCUGGCUUCAAGUUUGGCUCCAGUACAGUCAUUGACAAACCUCCUAGUAGCAGCCUGGAAACCAUGUUUGCACGAAAAGCUGGUGAAUGGGACUGUAACGUGUGUCUGGUUAGAAAUAAAGAAUCUGCAGGUACCUGCGCCUCCUGCCAGACUCCAAACCCAAAUUCCAAAUCAACUACUGCAACAGCACCUGCUGGCACAACAUCUACUCCAACAGAGUCUAACUUCACAUUUGGCUUGAAAAAUAAUUCCACUAAGCCUGAAGGGCAGGCUGCCACAGAGUUUAAAUGCAAUUUCCCUGGAAAAGAUUUUAAGUUUGGCACUAGUGAAGUAAAAUCUUCAUCUUUCAGUUUCAAACCACCUGUUAAUGAAGAAACAAAGCCUACACAGGAGAGCUUUGGAUUUUCAACGCCAGCCAACUCAAAUUUCAAGUUUGGUCUUCUGGAAUCAAGUAAGAAUGAGCAGAAACCAAAAGAAACUACCGGUGGUCUAAUAGGUGCCCUAUUAAGUGAUGUGAAGGUGCCUGUUGCUCCAACUCAAACUGGUACAGCUUCUGAGGAAACCAAACAGAAACAAAGUGGUGAUCUAAUACUUGGUCAAACUGUAAAUAGCUUUUCCUUUGCGGAUCUUGCAACUAAUUCGGGCACUGAAGGUUUUGCAUUUGGUAAAGCAGAUCCCAAUUUUCAAGGCUUUACAAGGGCAGGUGAAAAACUGUUUGUCUCUAGCAAUAAGGGCGACCAAGCGAACACUUCCAAUGAUCAGGAGCCUGCAGAGGAACUUUACAACACUGAUGAUCGUGAUGACAUCCAUUUUGAACCUAUUGUACAGCUUCCUGAUAAAGUGGAACUUGUGACUGGAGAAGAAGAUGAGAAGGUCCUCUAUUCACAAAGAGUAAAAUUAUUCAGGUUUGAUGGUGAAAUAGGCCAGUGGAAAGAACGCGGUGUGGGUACGUUAAAGAUACUUAAAAAUGAAGUCAAUGGAAAACUCAGAAUACUCAUGAGGAGAGAACAAGUGUUGAAAGUGUGCGCAAACCAUUGGAUAACAACCACCAUGAACCUGAAACCGUUACUCGGCUCUGAUCGAGCUUGGAUGUGGAUGGCUAAUGACUUUUCUGACGGAGAUGCAAAACUAGAGAACUUGGCAGCGAAGUUUAAAACUCCAGAGCAAGCUGAAGACUUCAAAAGCAAAUUUGAAGCAUGUCAGCGUCUACUAUUGGAUAUUCCUUUGCAAACACCGCAUAAGCUUGUGGACACUGGAAGAACUGCCCGUUUGAUACAAAAAGCUGAAGAGAUGAAAAGUGGACUAAAAGACUUAAAAACAUUCUUAACAGAUCAGAAACCUUUAGAUGAAGGGUGCACGACUGGUGCGGUAAAGAGUCCACCUGAGGCCACAAAGCCUUCAUUUGACAAAGGAGAAGAUGAAGAUUCAGUGGGAGAAAGCUUAGAUGAUUCUGUGUAUGGAUCUCCAUUGGCAGAUAGCCCAGAGAAGAAAAAUCUCUUUCGGUUUGGACAAUCCGCCGCCGGUUUCAAUUUUAGUUUCCAACCAGUUCCAAGCCCAUCAAAGUCUCCAACCAAGUUAAACCAGAGCAGAGUGUCUGUGGGAACAGAUGACGAGUCCGACCUCACCCAAGAAGAAGAGCGAGAUGGACAGUAUUUUGAACCAGUUGUGCCUUUGCCAGAUUUGAUUGAAGUCACCAGCGGCGAAGAAAACGAGCAGCCCCUUUUCUGCAACAGAGCUAAGCUAUACAGGUUUGAUAAAGAAACUAAUCAGUGGAAAGAGAGGGGCAUUGGUGACUUAAAGAUAUUACAGAACUAUGACAGUAAAGCUGUCAGAGUGGUAAUGAGGCGGGAUCAAGUGUUAAAGUUAUGUGCUAAUCAUCGCAUUACAGCAGACAUGAACUUACAGCCCAUGAAUGGUGCAGAAAGAGCCUGGGUGUGGACCGCGCAUGACUUUACCGAGGGAGAGGGCAAAGUUGAAUUUUUUGCUGUUCGUUUCAAGCUUCAAGAAGCUGCAGACCUCUUCAAAGAAGUGUUCGAGGAUGCAAAACAAGCCCCCUCUAAAGAAAGUUUGCUCACUCCUCGGUCUUCCCGUACUUCAACACCAAAGGCAUCGCCAUGUGGAAAAGCUGCAGUGGCCCUUUUUGAAGAAGCCACAAGAGAGAGAACGGACCAACAAUCUGCAGAUGAUGUUGACUCUCAGGCAGAAUGUAGCGUGUCAAGUUCAUCAGAGCAGUCCUCAAAAGUUGUGGUCUCCCCACCUAAGUUUGUGUUUGGGUCUGAAGCAGUGAAAAAUAUAUUUGGUACUGAGAAGCCGAAGCCCUUUACAUUUGGAAACACAGCAAGCACAGGAUCGCUGUUUGGUUUCAGCUUUAAUUCAUCGAUGACUGAGAACGGUGAACAGAAGCAAGCGCCACAACCUGCAGCAAGUCCUGAAGAACCCGCACAAACCGGGGGUGUACAGGAAACAUCCACUACAAAGGCCACCCAUAGCACUGUACAAAACCCUACAGUAUCCUCCUCAUCAUCACUGACGGGGCCAUCAACAUUAACGCAGUCUAUGCCUGCAAGAGCCAACAACGUCGGUGCUUCUGAGACGGGGACCUCCCCUGAAGUAAUAUUUGUGUAUGAGCGGACUCCCACGCCAGAGCAGAAAGCUCUGGCAGAAAGGCUCCUGCUUCCACACACCUUCUUCUGCUACAAGAACAAGCCGGGCUACAUCAGCGAUGAGAGUGACGUUGAUGAUGAGGACUUUGAGACUGCUGUUAAGAAACUCAAUGGACGGCUUUAUCCAGAGACUUCGGAAGGCAAGGCAGCUCUGCAGAUGACUGAGUCAGGCUCCAGCCAUCAAUCUACCACUGAGACUGAGGAAGUAUGUGAGAUUGUUUGGGAGAAGAAACCUACCCCUGAACAGAAGGCUAAAGCAGACAGCCUAAUGUUGCCUCCAACCUUUUUCUGUGGUGUUACCGGUGAAACAGAUGAUGAUGAAAAGGAAAACUCUGAAGACUUCGUGUCGGCUGUUAGGAAUAUUAAAAAGGCUGAAGAACUCAAGCAAGAAGCUAAAAUAAGUAGUACAUGUGGUGUGGAGGGUGAGAGGGCAGAUGUCUCUUCACGUCCCACUAAACAUGUAGAGAAACCAGAUUCCACUGCAGGAGGUGCUGCAGAACCUGUGGACUUAUCAUCUAAAGUUGAAAAUGUCAAGCCAGACUCAACCAGCAAAGGAUUUGGUGAGAUUAAAUUUUCCUUUGGACUCAACUCUGGCUCAGGUUUGUCCUUUGCAGACCUGGCCUCUAACAAUUCUGGGGACUUUGCCUUUGGCUCUAAAGAUACAAAUUUCCAGUGGGCUAACACUGGGGCAGCUGUGUUCGGCUCUGUUGCACAAAGCCAUAAGGGAGAGAAUGAGGAUGACGGUAAUGAAGAGGUGGUGCACAGUGAUGAAGUAUACUUCGAGCCCAUUGUGUCUUUGCCAGAGGUGGAAGUAAAGUCAGGAGAAGAAGAGGAGGAGAUCCUGUUUAAGGAAAGAGCAAAGCUGUACCGUUGGGAUAGAAAUGUCAGUCAGUGGAAAGAGCGAGGAGUGGGAGAGAUAAAGAUUCUCUUCCACAAUGAAAAGAAAUAUUACCGUGUUCUGAUGAGGAGAGAUCAAGUGCUGAAAGUUUGUGCCAACCAUGUGAUCUCAAAAGCCAUAAAGCUCAGUCCCUUAAAUACAACAAACAACGCUCUAGUCUGGACUGUUACUGACUAUUCUGAAGGCGAAGGGAAAGUUGAACAAUUUGCAGCCAGGUUCAAAACCCAAGAGUUGGCAGAUUCCUUCCAGAGGAAGUUUGAGGAGUGCCAGCAGAACUUGCCGGAAGAGAAGGAAGAGUCGUCUUGAUUGCCACAACACAAACAUUGAAAGCAGAGGCUUGCUGUCUUGUCACAAGCUUAUUUGUCGAUAUCUGUCUUAUGUUUUGACUGAAUUUCCAGUGGCCUAUAAAUCUUUGCUAGAUUUAUAUUAUCUGUCAUUGGAAAAUGCUUUUUGAAAACAGAGUAUAGAUAGAUUGUUGUGAGGGUGUUCAAAUUGUAUUAUUGGUAACUGUGGGUUAGGUUUCCACUCUUAGUGACUUGGGGACCAUACUUUUGAAUUAGGGACUGAGCAUUACUGUUCAGGGGACUCCUAGAUAAGUAGCAAAUAGUUUAAUUACUGACCCUACUUUGUUUCCAUAUCUCACAUAAACCAUCUUAAGUGAGACAGUUAUUCUUUAACACAUCAAUACAUAAUCUAAUAAGUAACUGCUCUCUGGUUGAGCAUCCUCUAGUCUAUAACACAUAUUAAAACCUAAUGAAAAUAAGUAACCGUAAAUGGAUUUACAUUUGUGUAAGCAAAUCACUUGUGUGCUUGUUUUCAUAUACAAGCAAAUAUUUUUUAAAUGUUUGUGUUGUAAAUAAAGUUUGAUCUGAGUUA